ACAUAUUGUCUGGUAUUUAUAUGGUAUUUAUCGCAUUAUUUGUUUUGGUAUUCACGGUUUUUGGAUUUUUUGAUUGAGUCAAGCGCGGUCACAUUGUACACACAACGCUAGUCUCAUUUUGGUUUUUUUUUAAACAAAUGCAUUUGUUUUUUAUUUUCGAACUGUGUGGAGUAUUUAAAGUGGCCAAACGUUCGAACGCUUGUGGAAAUGGUGUGAAAACGCAAUGCACGCAAAUUUGCGAUGUGCAUUAAACAGCAGCAUCAAAAUAUAAGAUAAAAUUAUCAAGCAACGCAUACAUACGCAUACACAUAUACACACAUCCAUCUCCAUGCAUCAACAAAAAGAACAACCACAACAACAGCGCAUAGCGGCGGUGGCGCUGCCAGCUUGCGCCAGUUGUCUCUGUCCCCUGCUGGCCAACAAUCACAACGAUGAGCCGAUAGUGAUGGCCCUUGGCCAGCAAUGGCAUUGUGAUUGUUUUCGCUGCUCCGUUUGCGAUUCACAUCUGCAUAGCUGGUAUUUUGAGCGUGAGAAUUUGCUCUAUUGCCGCGAGGAUUAUUAUGCACGUUUCGGCGAUGCCUGUCAACAGUGUACAGCGGUUAUAACGGGACCUGUUAUGGUUGCCGGAGAGCAUAAAUUUCAUCCGGAAUGCUUUUGUUGUGCGGCCUGCGGAUCAUUCAUUGGGGAGGGCGAAUCCUAUGCCUUAGUCGAACGCUCCAAGCUCUAUUGCGGCCUGUGCUAUGGCAAACGUCUGCCCCUCGAUGCUCGGGCUCGUAUAACGAAUGCGGGGAAGCCAAUGCAUUCCAUACGCCUGGUGGAGAUACCCAAGGAUGCGACACCCGGUCUUCGUGUGGAUGGUGGGGCCUUAGACGAUGGUUGUCCCACUGUGCGGAUAACCGACUUAAUUUGUAAAUUUUAUGGUCGCAUGGGCAAAUACGCCUUCUCCCUGCUUACCUCGGUGGCGGAUCGUUGUUGUGCUUCAUAUAUGAUCGAUGUGAAUCUCACCAAUUUGCAUAUCGGCGAUCGCAUUUUGGAGGUCAAUGGAACGCCCGUCAGCAACUCGUCUGUGGAUCAGAUCGAUAAGCUGAUACGCAGCAACGAGAAGAUGCUGCAGCUGACCGUUGAGCAUGAUCCGGUGCAGGUGUGUCGCAGUUGCAGUCAAGCGGACAUCCAGCGCGCCAGCUCCGCAUCGACCUUGAUAUUGCCCCUGAGCACGUCCGCUUCCAGCGUUGAGGUCGGAGGUCGUGGACGCGAACGCCUGUAUAAGGCUGCGGCCACCGAGCCCAGCGGCAAGAUGCGUAAGAUGCGACAACAAACGUUGCAAUCGCUACAAACCAGCAAAUCGACCGUGCCACAACAACAACACCAGCAGCAGCAGCAGCAGCAGCAACAACUGCCGCAGCAGCAGGAGGUACAGAAUCCGCCCGAGCAAUUGUCAUCGCAGCUAAAGGAGAAGGAACGCAGUUCGAGUCUCUCGAAACUGCUGGACGAGCAGCACGCGGCUCAACAGCAUUCGGCGCAUCCACAGCUGUACGAUCUGUCGCGGACGCAGAGCUGUCGCGUGGUCCAGAAGCCGCAGCGCAUCUUUCGGGCCUCCGACUUGGUGAUGGGCGAGAAACUGGGCGAGGGCUUCUUUGGCAAGGUCUUUAAGGUGACGCAUCGCUUGACCGGCGAGCUGAUGGUCCUCAAGGAGUUGCAUCGCGCCGAUGAGGAGGCUCAGCGCAAUUUCAUUAAGGAGGUCGCCGUGCUGCGCCUGCUCGACCAUCGGCAUGUGCUCAAGUUCAUCGGAGUCCUCUAUAAGGACAAGAAGCUGCAUAUGGUCACGGAGUAUGUGGCCGGCGGCUGUCUCAAGGAGCUGAUCCAUGACUCGAGUCGCGUGCUCACCUGGUCGCAGCGCGUCUGCCUGGCCAGGGACAUUGCCUGCGGCAUGAGCUAUCUGCAUUCCAUGAACAUCAUCCAUCGUGAUCUCAAUUCAAUGAAUUGUCUCGUGCGCGAGGAUCAGUCCGUGAUUGUUGCCGAUUUCGGCCUGGCGCGCAGUGUCGAUGCGCCACGUCUGCCCGGCGCCAGCUCCAACUCUGGCUCCAUCGACGCCAAUGCCAUGUCGCCCAGCGGCACAUUGCGGCGCAGCAAGAGUCGCCAGCGCCGGCAGCGCUAUACAGUCGUCGGUAAUCCCUAUUGGAUGGCACCCGAAAUGAUGAAGGGUCUCAAAUACGAUGAGAAAGUUGAUGUGUUCUCCUUUGGCAUUAUGCUAUGCGAGAUAAUUGGACGCGUUGAAGCCGAUCCGGAUUAUAUGCCACGCAACUCGGACUUCAGCUUGAACCAGCAGGAGUUUCGCGAAAAGUUCUGCGCCCAAUGCCCCGAGGCAUUCGUGAAGGUUGCCUUUGUCUGCUGCGAUCUGAAUCCGGAUAUGCGUCCGUGCUUCGAGACGUUGUACGUCUGGCUGGAGCAGCUGCGUCAGCAUCUGGAUGCACAGCAACAGCCGCCGGCGCGGCUGCUGCACGAAAUCGAGAACUUUCAGGAUAGCUACAUAAGUUCGGAGGAUGCGUUGUCGCCGACAUCGCAACGCAGUCUCGACAAUCUAACGAUGGCCGGAACAGCUGCACAGCAGCAGCAGCAGCAGCAGCAGCACACGAAUCAAGCCACAGCCCAUGAGCUGGAGGAGAAGGAGAAUGUCGAGCUAAUGGAUAAUGUUGUAAUGCGCACCCACGACAUACCCAAGUCUCCGCAUCUGGGCAAGGAUUUCUCGCCCAGUGGCGAACGUCUGCGCGACAGCAUGCGCGCUCGACGCCGUCAACGUUUCCUCGGCGCACAGCCGCCGCUGCGUGGCCUAACGCCGGAAACGACAUCCACCGAGCGGGCGCUCAAGCAGGCGCUGAAGAAAUGCCGUCCAUUCGGCGAGAAGGGCUAUCUGGUCGACCUGCGUCCGGGCGCUGAGCUGCAGCUGAACGAUGUUCGCGACUUGAACAACUAUUCCGAUGUUGACUCCAGCUGCGACACGAGUCUCAAUUAUCAUGAUGUGAAUGUGACGCCGACGCCGACGCUGACGCCGCCACCGAUGGCGCCGCCCACACCGCCGCCGCUGCCGCUCGAGCAUCAUUUGGCGUUUGAGGAUAUGCGCACUCGGCUGCAUCAAUGUCGCAGCAAGUUCGAGCACCUGGAGGAGGCGAGUCGUCGCAACUUCAGUCAGUCGCAGCAUUCGAUGCGUAACUUUUUCAAGACGCCGCCAGUGGCAUUGAAAAUGUUUCAGCGUCUCGAGCACGAGGCAUCCAUGAAUGGCAGCAAUGCAACAACAACAACAACAGCCAAACAACGCAGCACUCAGCGCAUCAAUCAGACGCCCAUCUUUGGACGGCGACAGCUGCCGGCGCAGCUGCCACGCUUGCCGCAUGCCGAGUCGUUUGAGCAGCUCGCAACGGCAGCUGCAGCAACAGCGAAAGCAACUGCUGUUGCCAAGCGCAGCAAAGCAGCCGAACAGCAAGCAACAACAACAACAACAACAACAACAACAACGGCAGUAGCAACAACAGCAGUUGCUGCAAGCCCCGCAGCUGCAGCAGCCGCAGCAGCUGAUUGCCUGGCCAAGAAGCAUAAGCUAACGCUGCCACUGGCCACCUCUUGGCAGCGACGUCCAGCUCAGCCCGUUAGCAAAGCCAAGCCACAAAGAACAACGACAACAACUGCAACAACAACAACCUUAACAACAACCAACAAUAGCCACAGCAACGGUGCCUCGCCCACACGCCAUCGACCCGGCUCACCGGGCAAACAUCUCGCCCAGCGUCACACAGCAGCCACGGCACAGCGCCAGAGCCACAAUCAUGUCUCGUCGGGCCCGCAGCAGCUAGCGAAGAGCACGCGCCUCAGCAUUCUCAGUCCGGAGAAGGUUCAUCGCUUGGGCGCUCGUCUCACCGAUCAGAAGCAGAAGCUGCGCGAGGAGGCAGCUGCAGCAGCCGCUGCAGCACUCACUGGCAACAGCAAUGGACAUGGACAUGGUCAUGGACAUGGACAUGGGCAUGGGCGAGCGGGCGUGGGCGCGACGGCGGCAGCGGGCAACAGUGUAAAUGUGGAUCGUCGCCGACGAGCGCCGCCGCCGGCCCCAGUGCGAACGCAUUUUAAUACGCGCUGUUAACUGUUAUACGAGUUGGCGUUGGGUUGUGCAGCAACUGAAAAUCCAAUACAAAAUUGUUAUACACAUUGGCUGUUAUACACCAGUAGAGCGAAAAUCUGAAAAGAAACAAGAAAAACUGUUAUACACCUUGGCUGUUAUACACCAGUUAUGAAGAAUGGCUUAUGUAGCAACCAACUAAGAAAACUGUUAUACGCCUGCUACACGCAUCAGCAUUGGAGCAGAUAAUGUUCAACAAUAACCAUGCACGACAACUGUUAUACUCAGCGGCUAUCUUCCUAAAACUGUUAUAUACUGCUAUCAGUUGUCAUGUGCGUGUGGCAUUUGCUGCAACUGUUAUACGCAUCAGAUGUAUACAGCGCAAUGGUUAACAACUACUGUUAUACACAAUAUACAAGCAGCAGCAGCAACGUCAACUCAUUCCAACAACUGUUAUACGCCGCUAUCUUUGAAACAAGAAGUGUAUCUGAAGGCAGUGACUGUUAUAUACAGCAAUUUUUACGCACCACAACUGUUAUACACAGCAACACCAACUCAUUCCGACAACUGUUAGACGCCGCUAUCAUUGACUGUUAUACGCAGAGGCAGUAGCAGCGGCAUCACAAAAUCAUCAUUUCCACAAACUGUUAUACACGACAUUCCACAGUCGCAAACAUUCCCACAUGCAUUGCAUCGAUAACACGAAAGCAACAAAAAAAAUCGAAACGAGUAAUCGAAAUCGAAGCAGACGAAACAGAAAAAAAAAACGAAGCGAAACAGCGUUGCCACCUGACGGUAGCGCAGCGACGACAGUUGCCCCCCAAAUAACUGUUCGAACUGUAGUAGUAGGAGAACGAGAGAACGAAAGAGGGAGAGAGAGAGAGGGGGGAGAAAGAUUGAGAGAGAGUUACGAAGCUUGCCACACAAAUGUGCAACUAAUCCAGAACUGUUAUACAGCCGCAACUGUAACAAUAUAACAAACAUAAGAUGUAUACACAAUAUAACAGUAAUGCUCAAUACAUAUACACAUAUUUUUUUUAUAACAACUGUUAUACAACAUUAGUAUUCUAUUUUUGUUCAAAUAAUCCAAUAUAUAUAUAGAUUUUUUAUAUGAAUAUAAACUUAUAUCUCUGUAUACAUUUAAGGUUAAGUGCCUGUUAAAGUGAAUAAUCUGAAGAUGUUGCAAUAUUUACAAAAUCAAAAACAAAACGGAAACACGUUGUAUAAACAUAGCAUCUAAGUUUACAGGGUAUUCGAAUUAACAAAGUUCCCCAAAAUAUAUAUAAAUAUAUAAAAAAAAAUAAAAAAAACUGUAUGAGAUGACAAAUCCAAUAACGAAUACGAAUAGAAGAGAGACGGAAUGAGAGAAACUAGUGCCAUGUGCCCACCAAGCGCGAAAGAGAUGACAACAGAGGAAGAAGAGGAAGAGAAGAGCAAGCUGGAAUAUAUAUAUAUAUUUAUAUAUAUAUAUAUGAAAAACUGUGUUAGGUUGGGUCAAAAUGAUGACAAGUUAAAAAAGACAAGAAAAAAAUUAUUUUUUUAUAUACAUACAUACAUAUAACAUACAUGCAUACACACACAC